AAACGUAGCAAGCCAGAGUCGUCCAUGCUAUUCGGAUAAUCUUAACCAGUUUAUAUCAAGGCAAAGUUCGAGUUGCACGUUAGCGUUGAGUACGUUAGUUUGGUUCAGUUUGUUUCAGUUAGUCGUGUAGUUACAUUGAACGUGGUGGGACAAAGUUACUUUGCAAUUUCUAACAAUAACGCGGUACUGUGAGUUCGAGGUUAAUCACCCUUUUCGCUCAAGUGACGCUCAUUAGUUAUACCUUCUACCUAGUGGACGCACAAAUUUGGAUUCUUACUUCUAGUUUUUUAGCUAUCAAUCUAGCCAUGAAGCGAGGAGCUGACGGCGACAUGGGCAGCCCACUGAAACGCUCCAAAAGAGCGGGAGAUGAAGAAGUACGCUUACUUAUUCCUAGUAAGGUUGCCGGUUCGAUCAUUGGCAAAGGAGGGCACAAUAUCACAAAGUUAAGGAGCCAGUACAAAGCCUCGAUUACUGUCCCCGAUUGUCCGGGCCCUGAACGGUUGUUAACACUGUCGUCAGAUAUGGACAGCCUUUGCAAUAUCGUAAACGAUGUGAUCCCAAACCUGGAAGAGAAUGGAGCAACGGCUGGAAACGGAAACGAUAUUGAUAUGCGAAUGAUGGUUCAUCAGAGUCAAGCUGGAUGUAUCAUCGGUAAAGGAGGCAGCAAGAUUAAGGAAAUUAGAGAGAAAAUUGGCACCCGUAUCAAAAUAUUUUCAAAUCCCGCCCCGCAGAGCUCUGACCGUGUUAUUCAGAUCAUUGGUGAGCCGGCCAAGUGUAUCGACACUUUGCGUGAGGUGCUUACCCUAAUUAAACAGAGCCCUAUCAAAGGUGUUGUUAACCCUUACGACCCACAUAACUUCGAUGAGUUCUACGCCAAUGAGUAUGGCGGAUGGGGUGGUCAACAACAAGGGGGCGGUCGGGACAGAGAAGGUCCUAACUUUGGAGGCCGCACCGGAGGACGUGGAGGACCACCAAGAGGAGGCGGCGGAGCAGGCGGUGGACGGUCUUUUAGUGACGGAUCAAGAGGUGGGCCCGGCCCACGAGAUGGACCUAGAGGUGGACCGGGUGGUGCUGGAGGACCAGGUGGGCCAGGUCUGGGUGGACCUCGCGGAGGUGGAAUAAGAGAACCACCUUUUGGAGGAGGUAGCAAGCCAGUAAAUCGAUUUGGAGGUGACAGCGGACCACCAAACAGAGGAGGAGCAAGUGGUGGCGGCUUCAACAACAGGAACAGUUUUGACAGAAGUGGCCCCAACCGAGACAGUGGAUUCACCAACAGAAACUCGUUUGGUGACAAUCGCAGUCCGUUUGGUGGCAGUCAAGGAGGCGGGUCUGGUAAUGGUGCUGGAUUUGGCGGUGGUCGUGCCAACAAUGGAGUAGGUGGUGGUGGUGGUUUUGAGCGGAAUGGCUGGGGUGGAGGAGGAGGAGGCAACAACUCUUUCAAUAACCCUCCACCAAGCUUUAGCUCGCCUCCGCCUAACGCGUCUGGACCCAUUGGAUUAGGCAAUGCAUCGGGGCCUGGAGGGCUCACCCAAACCCAGGUUACGAUUCCCACCGACCUUGCUGGAGCUAUUAUCGGAAAAGGCGGCGGUAGGAUUCGCAAGAUCCGUAAUGAGUCUGGUGCCGGAAUAACUAUCGACGAACCUCUGCCCGGUUCAACUGACCGUAUCAUCACUAUUAGUGGAACCCCCAAUCAAAUACAAAUGGCCCAAUAUUUAUUACAGCAAAGCGUCCACCAAAAUACGGACAACCGAAAUUUCUAAGAAGAAAUUACUAGAAGUAACCUCUAAAAUAUUUGCUUAAUGUAUUCAGUUUCAUUACAUAAUUCUAGUACAUCUAUACACCAACAAAUAAUUAUAAGUUUUUAGUAUAAUCCAACCUUUGGAAUCGUCAUUAGUUUUCAUUUUUCUUAAGUACGUUAGCAACCAGAAUAGUAUGGUUUAUAAUUAUGAUUUAAUUAUAAGAAACAUUCCAGAAACUUUUCUGUUCUAUGGGCAUUAGGACAACUGGUAGAAACUCGUUUAAUUUGAUUAUCAGACCAAUCAGGAAUGUAUCAGUUUUAUGCUUAGGCCAGCUGGUAAUAUAAGAAAAAUUCUCACAACUGCAGAUUAUUUUUUAUCUCACUUUGUAAGUUUAAGUCCCCGUCUUAGGUGUUAAGAUUAAUUUUUUUGUGACUGAAGUAGUUUUCGUUUUCCUUAAGGAAGUUAAUUUAGGAUUUUGUUAGUUAGGUAUACAAUAUGAUUUAUGUGUAAAUUGCAAUUUUAGGACAGAAAAAAUCAGAUAAACAGUUUGAGAAAUUAAACAUUUUUGCUAGCAACAAACAAAAUAUUCAUGAAAAACUUAUUGUGUACCGGCAUUAAUUAAGUUAGAAAUGUAUAAAGUACUAUUCAGAAAAUGUAUUAAUUUGAAAAAGCAGAAAUCCUAAUGAAAAAAAAAAUCUAUUUUAGUAGUUUUGCUAGGAGAAAUGAAUAAGUACAAAAUAUAUGUUGGUCGUUUCUCCGAUGGCAUUAUUUGUCAACCAAAUAUUCAUUAACCAUAGAUGUAAGUUUAUCAUGUUCUAUAUAAUUUAAACAGACAAUUCAAUAUGUGUCUGGUAUUAUGUCAAUAAAGAUUUGUACUAGGAA